AUGGGCCCGGUACGGACCGUCGUCUAUUGCGGCUUGGUGACCGAGCUAUUACAGCACCUUCUCGACACAGAAGCAGAAACGCGUCUUAUAAUCUGUGGCACCAGAACUGAAUUUCUUGUACAAUUAUCUGCCGCUAUUCGUUCGCAACGCGCCGAUAAAAAUGCUAUACUACACCAUGACCUGCUUUCCAAAACCAUCGGUUUACUUGCAAGUUCGAGCAGGAUCCAACUAACAUUCUGCCCAACUCUUGAGAAUCUUCGCGCGUAUAUGGCAGUUCUGGAGAAUUUCAACGGCAUGAACCUGGAGGAUCAGAGAAGCCCGGGCCGAAGGCAGUUACUUGCAAUUCUAGAUGCUGUUGCUUUGCACGCUACCACCUCGGAGUUCUCUGCGCAGGGACUGUCGAGGACUUUUGCCGUUGCUGUCGAGACCGCUUCUAGAGCAGACAUGGAUUUGAUGCUUUGCGAAUGUACCAACGCUGUGAAUCCGGGUGCCGACUGGGGAGGAAAGCGAUGGGAGAUGCAAGUACCCAUUUUGAACGGCUCUGUUAGGAUACGCAGCGAAGAAAGCAACUGGAAUGGGCGCGGGGUGUCUAUAAAACAAGUUGCCCAACGCUGGUUCGACUUUGACGAAAAUCAAGUAGCCUGA